UUACUUUUGAUACGUCAAAAUUUGAUUUAUAUUACUGUCCUCGAUAUCAUUAUUAUUAUUGUCAUUGCUAUUCAGGAUAAAUUCUACGAAAGUAAGCCACAUAUGAAAGGUGUGGACUACGGCGAUAUCUCAGAGAUGAAAGAAUUGAGAGAACGUUUGCACUGUAAAUCAUUCCAAUGGUACCUCGAAAAUAUCUAUCCAGAAUUAUUGCCGAAUAACUAUCCGUCUGAAGAAUCGCUGAAACAGCCGAAUGCGUACUGGAACUCACCGGUUGAUAAAUAUCAUUGGAAAGUGCUAAAAGGAGCUCCAGUGACUGGGCUCAUCGAUUAG